CCCCGCGGCGCGCUCGCUCGCGGGCAGUCGGCGCGCGGGCCGGGCCGGCGUCCCCCUCAGCCUCGCCCGCCGCCCGCGUCGCCCCGGAGCCCCGGGGGAUGCCCCCGGCCGGGCGCCCCCAUGGCCGCCGACGUCUUCAUGUGCUCCCCGCGCCGGCCCAGCAGCCGGGGCCGCCCGGUGCUGCUCAAACUCCCGGUGCCCGAGGACGACGACGACGACUCGGACACGGAUGAGCCGUCCCCGCCGCCCGCCUCCGGGGCGGCCCCCGCGGCCCGGGCCCCCGCGAGCGCCAGCGCCGCGCCGCCGCCGCCCUGGGCCGCGCCGGGCCCACGCGAGGAGCCGCCGCGCCGCCAGCAGAUCAUCCACAGCGGCCACUUCAUGGUGUCGUCGCCGCACCGCGAGCACCCGCCCAAGAAGGGCUACGACUUCGACACGGUCAACAAGCAGACGUGCCAGACCUACAGCUUCGGCAAGACCAGCUCCUGCCACCUGUCCAUCGACGCCUCGCUCACCAAGCUCUUCGAGUGCAUGACCCUGGCCUACAGUGGGAAGUUGGUGUCUCCCAAGUGGAAGAAUUUCAAGGGCCUGAAGCUCCAGUGGAGAGACAAGAUCCGGCUCAAUAACGCCAUCUGGCGGGCGUGGUACAUGCAGUAUUUGGAGAAGCGAAAAAAUCCCGUGUGCCACUUCGUCACUCCCCUGGACGGCUCUGUGGAAGUGGACGAGCAUCGCCGGCCAGAGGCCAUCACCACAGAAGGGAAGUACUGGAGAAGCCGCAUCGAGAUCGUGAUCCGGGAAUAUCACAAGUGGAGAACCUACUUCAAGAAAAGGUUACAGCAGCACAAGGAUGAGGACCUCUCCAGCCUGGCCCAGGAAGAUGACAUGCUUUAUUGGCACAAACAUCGGGAUGGAUGGAAGACCCCAGUCCCGAUGGAGGAGGACCCACUGCUGGACACAGACAUGCUCAUGUCAGAAUUCAGCGACACACUUUUCUCCACACUCUCCUCACACCCACCGGUGGCCUGGCCCAACCCACGGGAAAUAGCACAUCUGGGAAAUGCAGACAUGAUCCAGCCGGGGCUGAUUCCUUUGCAGCCCAACCUGGACUUCAUGGACACGUUUGAACCUUUCCAAGAACUCUUCUCUUCCAGCCGCUCCCUUUUUGGCUCCAUGCUGUCUGCACCCGCCUCAACAUCUGCACCAGAUCCCAACAGCCCACCUGCUCAGGAGAGCAUCCUGUCCACCACCUCUCUCCCCACCGUGAGCCUCCCCGACAGCCUCAUCGCAUCCCCCGCAGCCACGGCCCUGGACCCCACAGAUAGGCCGGGCUGUGAACGCACUUCCCAGCCCGAGCACCCCUUUAUCCAGCCCGCAGACUUUGGUCCCUCCACGCCCCCACUGAGUGUCCCACAGCCUUUCCUCCCCCUGUUCACCAUGCCUAUGCUCUCGCCCAGCCCCACCCCGAUGCCAGCUCCCCCUGCUGUGCCACUCGCCCCUCCUGCCACCCCCCUGAAUCCCCCACCCCCACCCACCUUCUUGCAGCCACAGAAGUUUUCUGGAGCCAAUGAGUCCCCUGCUGUCAUUACCCACACGGCUUCCACCACUCUCACGCACGAUGCCUCUGCUACCACCUUCAGCCAGAGCCAGGGCCUUAUCAUCACCACUCACCACCCCACCCCCUCAGCAUCCCCCUGUGGCCUGGCACUGUCUCCAGCCACUCAGCAGCCAGCUGUGGGCCCUCCGCAGCCCCGUUUAACGUUUGUGCACCCCAAACCUGUAUCCGGGACUGGAGGGAGGCCCAAGCAGCCCCCCAAAAUAGUGCCUGCCCCCAAACCAGAGCCCGUGUCCUUGGUAUUGAAGAAUGCUUGCAUUGCCCAAGCUGCCUUCUCAGGACGGCCACAAGCAGUGAUCAUGGCAGGCCCUAUGAAGAGAGAAGGGAUGUUGGCUUCAACCGUGUCCCAGUCCAACGUGGUCAUCACGCCUGCUCCCAUCGCCAGGGCUCCUGGAGCCCCAGAGUUCCACAGCAGCAUCCUAGUGACAGACCUGGGCCAUGUCACAAGCAGCCAGCCUGGCCCCAUCUCCCGGCUCUUCUCUGCAAGCUCAGUGCAAGACUCCCUAGUGAAGGGCGAGCAGGCCCCACUGCACGGGGGCAGUCCCCAAGGCGCUGUUGUGGGCUCUGGUCGUGACGGCCCAAACUCCGGGCAGGCCUCGCCAUGUGCUUCAGAACACAGCCCCAGUCCUCAGUCUCCCCAGAACAGCUGCUCAGGGAAAUACUCUGCCGAUUCCAAAAAUGUGGCUGUGUUAAAGAACCGGCAGAUGAAGCACAUUUCAGCCGAGCAAAAGAGGCGCUUCAACAUCAAGAUGGGCUUUGACACCCUGAACAGUUUGAUCUCUAAUAAUUCCAAGCUGACCAGCCAUGCCAUCACGCUGCAGAAGACAGUGGAGUACAUCACCAAGCUGCAGCAGGAGCGCAGCCAGAUGCAGGAGGAGGCGCGGCGACUGCGGGACGAGAUCGAGGAGCUCAACGCCACCAUCAUCUCCUUCCAGCAGCUGCUCCCUGCCACAGGAGUCCCCGUCACCCGGCACCAGUUUGAUCACAUGACAGACAUGUUUGAUGAAUAUGUGAAGAGCCGGACCCUGCAGAAUUGGAAGUUCUGGAUUUUCAGUAUCAUCAUCAAGCCGCUGUUCGAGUCCUUCAAGGGGAUGGUGUCCACCAGCAGCCUGGCGGAACUGAACCGGACGGCGCUGUCCUGGCUGGACGAGCACUGCUCCUUGCCCAUCCUCAGGCCGAUGGUGCUGAGCACCCUCCGGCAUCUGAGCACCACCACCUCCAUCCUGACAGACCCGUCCCAGCUGCCAAAGCAGGCCGCGGAGGCUGUCACCAGACGUGGCAAGAGAUCCGGGGAGUCAUAGAGCUUAGCCGGCAGUGCCGCCCAGGAUGCCAGAAGACCCUUCCCUGCCUGUGGAGAGGAGGCUGCGCCCCACGCCUCUCCUGACGCAGAGCCUCAGGGCCUCCCUCCAACUGCGCCAGCCCCCGGGGCUGCUCAAAUGCCAUGCUCAGGUCUGAAGCAGGUUCGGGUCCUGCCAACAGCAAUAGUCCAUCUUUGGGAGCUCGUUGCUGUCACCUCUCACUCAGCGACCUCAGUCACAACCUCCGCUGCCCUCGGGGCUGCCCAGACAGGGAAAUACCACAGUUCAUUCCUGUCCUGCUGGUCUGCCAGGCCCACGGAAGCAGGUGGGCACGAGGAGGCAGCGCCUGCUCCUGGAAUUAGAAAACGUACAGGUCCCUGCCCGGUCCCUGAUGUUUCAUCCUGGCAGUUGUCUCUGGAUGACUCCCUGCCUGCUCUGGCCCAUCCUGGGGCGGUAGGAAGACAGUUUUCCUCCUCCUCCAGACUCUGACUUGCAGACAGAUUGGACAGCUGUGCAGGCUUUCUCAUGGCCAGCUGCCUGGCAAACCCUAAACUCUCGUGUGCAAAAGCAGAGGGUGUGAAUGCGCAAGGACAAAAAGGAAAGCACAAGCAAUGCAAAGCUGCUGCUCUGGCUCGGAGACCCUCCUGGUGGCCUGUGACCUAUUCCGAUUUGGUUCCACUUGCUUUGGCGGGCAGCACCCCGGCACCGCUGAUGGGAAUGGUGGCGUGGACUUGAUCUGGAACUCCGCCAGGUAUCAGCUCUCAGAGUGGCCUUUCAGCCUUGUCCUCCACCGGCUUCCACACUCCGCCUCCCAACACGCCAGCAGCGUCUGACGGGCAUGCGUGGCCCUUUGGGUGCAGCCUUCGAAAGGCCAGGCUCCAGGGUGCUUCCAGCAGCCUGGUCCUCUUGUCUGCAUUGCUCACCCAGGAGCCUCCAACCAGAACGGUUCUCGGACCAAAGAGGUCCCCACACCCAAAGGCCUUCCUGUCCUGUUUGGAGGAAGCAAUUGAAUGUCGACAGGCAGCAUUCCCGGCCAGCCUCAGCUGUCCAGACGUCGCCCAGAUCAGAUAGUAAAGAACUGCACCCAGAGUUGAUGAGGUGUGGGAGGGGGGUUCCCCUAGGGCACCGGGUAUGGGGAUUGCAGCGGAGGGUCCAGAGGAAGGUGUGGCGGGAGGGUGGUCUGGGCCAGUCCUUGCAGUGUCUGCCAGAGUGGCUGCGGGUGAAGGGCACUCGAACACCCUGGAAGCCUGGCCUGGCCAAAGGCACCUUCUGGUUGAAAGAAUGCGCUUUUAUCGUCCUGCUGUGAAGUUCAGAGGGCCAGAGGCAGAGAUGGGCAGUGCUGGGCAGGCCAGGAGCCAUGUGAGGGGGACCACGGCUACCUCCUGAGGUUCCGAUCCAUUAGGAGGCUCCCUGGUUCCUGGAGGACUGAGGAAGGUGCUCAGAGGGCGGCCAGCCCUGCCUCAGCCUUGGGUGGUGGAGGCUGGAUGGGGGUUCUUCCCCCUGUGGCCGUCCACACCACCCCCUCUGCUGCAGGUCACUAACCUGUCACCUGCCCUUGGUCUACGCUUCACCCCUCAGCCUCCUCAGAACACGUGUUUACAGGCCUCCAUCCCUCUCCUGAGAGGCGAGCACAAGACGAGGCUGGACAGGUUCCUCAUUUCCAUGUGGAUGUGGUGAGAAAACCACCGUCACCCCCAGGGAAACAUGAAGUCCCCUCAAAAGGGGAAGGCCUCCGUGGUAAGGGCUCCCUCAGGGCCAAAAGGGAAAAGGAAAACACGAAACGUUCACAGCUGUUAGGGCUCAUGGAGGGGCGAGCUUGGCCCCUCCACAGAUCUGUGCCUUCAUGAACCACGUGGGUGGCCACAGCACUUGGCCCAGCCUAGCCCUCCUAAGCCGUAGCUUUCUCCCACCCUUGCUGGGAGUCCUUUUUAAAACAAAUUCAGUGGGCAUAAAAUUGGCCUCUUGCUUCGCUGGCCUACCUCUCUCUGUCUCUCCCCUUUGCUGAUUUAGUGAUCAGAUUCUGUUUAAGCUGUUAGGCUGUGUGUGACUUCAAAGGGUGUGUGUGUCUGUGUGGCAUGUUUUUGUUUGAGGUAUUUACUUAAAUCCAUUUCUCUUGGUGCUCACCAUUACCGUGGCUGCAGGGCCACAAAGCUUUUCUCUUACUGCAGACACACUGUUGCUUGUCCUCCGGGUUUUCUUGUUUUUGCCUCUUGUCUGAUGAAUCUGGCCAGCACAAGGGCCUCUUUGCCUCUAUCCUUGAGUCCUGGCCAGAACAUGGGGAAACUGAGGCAGCCUGCCAAUGGCCUCUAGUAGAUGCUGACCAUGGGCCUGUGGUUUGUUUACACUAAUUUUUACUCCCAUGCCAGUCCAACUCCCAUAAAAGAAAUUUAAAAAUGCUGACACUUUGGAGAAUGAGAAAAUCAGUCUGAAAAGGGGAAAAAAUCCUGUCUGGUACAUACAUUCUGCAAGUAUUUCUGUGAAAUCUCUCUGUGCCAUCAGCUCCCUGCACUGCUCUUGACUCUUUCACAAUGAGUGGGGAUGCAGGGACCGAGCAGAGGCCGCUGUGGGGCUUUCUGAAAGCAGAAAGGCCUGUCCCUCCUGUCCCAGGCGGCUUACCCACCCGAUGCCACCCCUCAGCAGGCCCCCAACCUGUGGCAGACCCGCAGCUGGCAGCGGUUUUCACAGCACCAGGAAAGUAGUUCCCACGUCAGAAAUUAGUGCUGACGGAGGAGGGGUUGGGGGAGGGGGGCAGUGAAAUCCACAGUGAAAUGCUGUGGAUUGAGGUCGCAUAUGUGUCCUUGGGCACCCACCUUUCUCCACUUCCUGUCCCUGUGACAUGACCCCAUUUCACCUUUCCAGAGGUCAGGCCUGCAGGUGUUUUUGCUGCAGCCAAUAGAAAUAUAAAGUUAGCUUCUCGGAGGACAUGGGACCCCAGCGUGGUCCCAACCCAGGUGAAGGCGUGUGGCAGUGGGUGACAUCAUUCAUAGCCUCUUCCUAGCACAGCCUCCUCCACAGUCACACUCCCCUGUCUCCAUGUGCAGCUCUGGCUGGCUCCGCCCCAGCUGCCUCUCAGGCCUGGCUUCCCAUCAAACGAGUCCUGGGGCAGCAGGGCCGUUGUUUUCAAGAUCACAAGUGUCUGCUCUCUGGCUGACAAGAGCUGUCAGAAUGGAGCGGGGCUGUACUUGGCUCUGUCUCCCGCCCCCAUUGGCCAGCAGACUCGCUCAGCGAGCAGGGGGUGGGUGCUAGGGGCCAGACCCUGUGCUGCCUGACCCCCCUGCUCUUGCCUCUAAAGUUCAGUUCUUUUACCUCACUGGCUCCGACGGGCAGGCUUGGAGCAUUGCCUCACCCCCCCUCCUACUCAGCAGCCCCCUCCCCUCCCGUGUCCCCCGGCCCCUCCAUGGUCUUUGUCCCACUGACUGGGCUGCUCUCUCUGGUGGGAGAGUUGCCUUUCCCAGAGAUUCCCUGCUUCCCAUUAAGCUCUUUGCAGUAGGUGAACUGCCCCCACCACCCUGGCGGGACCUGGCCGGGAUGGAGCUGGGAGAGCCCUGAUGUGGCCGCCUCGGGCUCGGUGCCUCGUGUAUUAAGGUUUUCCCCACGUCUGAACACGGAGAAGCAGAGAGGAGAGCUUGGAGGCUGGACAUGUUUGUGCCAUUCCGGAGCUGCCUUGGUCGUGGUCCACUCAGAGGCUUUUGUGGUUGGAGGGGCUCCAGGAACAGGGAGAAGCGUUAGGAUACCCCAACCCCCAUCAAGUCCCUCCCCGGGGUCAGCUGCCUGAUGUUCCUGAGGACACAGCUCUGCUGGCUCACCACGUGGGAGCUGUUUCCUUGUCGGGCUUGUGAAAAUCCGCCUUGGAGAAAAAAAGGGAACUUUUUUAUACUGAAUGUUGGCUUUGACUGUGUGUGUGUGUGUGUGUGAAUGAAAUUUUAUUUUUGUGAAAUUCCUUUCCAAUUAUGUAGCAAAAUUCACCUUCAUCUCCCAGUCAGACUUUUGGUUCCACAGUCAACCUUGGGCAUCGCUGAUUUGAAGAACUCUCUUGUGCGUUUCUAAACAGAGAUGUGUUGCUCUCAAGAACUGAGCUUGUGCAGGUUGGGAGAAAAUCAGGUUUUGUUCUUUUCCACAGAGUUUACAUCCUGCAGUUAGAAGGUAGGAAGGGCCCAGCCCUGGGAGACCCAACCUAGCUGUGUGCUUGUGAGGGAGCCGAGCACAGCCUCCCCCACGCCGCCUGCUGCUCCCCUGAACCCUCUCACCACCCGGACCCCAGGCUCUUGAACUUGUCCGGGUUCCCGUUCCCUGUGCGAUGGUUCGCUCUUUCCUCUGGGAGCUUUGGUGAUGGUGUCAGGGCUCCUCAGGAGACAGUGACCCCGUCUGGAAACAAACCCCCGGGAGCCUGGGCAGCAGAGGCUCCUGCAGGCCCGCAUCACCCAGAGCACAGGCCUGUCACGCGUGUCGAGAAGCAUGUUUCCACCAGCUGUGUUCAACACUACAAUGCAGUUUGAAAACUACAUUUACAUCCAAAACAAUAAAAAGCCGUAUUUUUUGGAAA